AUGCGCGUAUUCUGGCCGUCAGACGCUCCAAAGGACUCUGCGCCGGGUGUUCUGGUGGGGUUCAGAAACUCGAGAUCAGAUGUCUUUGUGGUAGCUGUGCUUCAAGAAGUCGAACUGCGUCAAGUCGAGAACGCGCUGCUUGUCGGGACCCUGCUGCGACACAGCCCACACGAUGUCCAGGAACUACUUCAACGAUGCGGACACUCUUCCGUGCGCGCCUUGGGCUACGUCAACCCCAAGAGCCCAGUCGAGCAGCCUGAUACCGACCUCAUCGUAGUCCAUACCGACCCCUCGUUCCGCUUUCCGCGCCUUCAUUGUCCUCACGAACCGCUCGUGGCUAUGCAAGUCAUCGUAUACGACCGACCACACCCAACGCGUAUGCAAUACCUCUCGCUCAAACCAAUCACGCUAGCAUUGGGAGACAAAACAAGGGUCGCAGAAUGGGAUGUAGCUUUUGAAGAGCUGGAGAAAGCAGAAGAGAAGGAGCGCAGAAGGAAGGCACAUCUCGUUGAGAAGCUCAAGCUGCACACGGUGAUUGCACACCCGCGCACGCAAAAGGAGCUGGCGUUGCCGAUGCUCAUCGAGCAGGUGAAUUGUUCGCACGAGUUGAACGCCCUAUUACAGAAGAACAUUGGCAUGAUAGGCAGGCGCAUGAAGCGAGCCUUGAGUGUUAGUGAGCGGGUCGUCGAGUCUGCGAACGAUCUCUGGGACUAUAUAUGGCUUGUCCUCCAUUAUGCGUUCAGAGUCUGGAUAUGGCCGGUAGCCGCACAACUCUUCAUUUUUGGGCUCAUAACCCAUCGCAUAAUGGGAGAGGCAGUCCUUCAGCUUCUACAUUGGCGGCCAGGUUCUUCCGACUCGCCAGCUCUGAAAGACAUCUCCGCAACAGCGCAACAGAUCGACAUACGAUUACAACAGUCUUGUUACUGGCCUAUUCAGUAUCUCACCUUACGAAGGAAAAAGUUAAACUGGGAAAGCAUCACCAACAGUCAUCCGGAGUAUAUCCGGUUCUACAAUAGUCUGUGGCUGGUUGCCAACGAUGUCAUAAUGGGCAUCGCUGUUGGAACAUUCAUCAUCGAGAACGCUUCGUUCGUGGCUGCUCAGGUCGAUACCAUAUUCAGUACCUGGUCAGUCGACGGUCUACGGCGCAUGAUAUCAUGGCUUAUGGGAUGGCCCGGAGGCUUGAAGUUGAACACUGAACUGGCUGCGUUCCUGGGCGACCUUUUUCUUUGGGUCAUUGAUUACUGGGCGGGAUGCAUAUCACUCCUGCGGCCACAUCUACCUGCGCUGAUCCAGAUCAUUGGCUUUUCCGCUUUCGCUGGCGCCACUAUGCCCAUCUCAAUCUUCUCGGACCUCGUUUCGCUGCUGACGCUGCACAUCUAUUCGUUUUACGUCGCGUCUGCUCGCAUCUUUCAUUGGCAGCUUACGAUAAUCAUAUCCCUCUUCCACCUUUUCCGUGGAAAGAAGCGCAACAUCCUCCGCAACCGAAUCGACUCAUGCGACUACGACUUGGACCAGCUAUUGCUCGGCACUAUUCUUUUCACACUGCAGUUCUUCUUACUGCCAACUGUGUUCGUCUUCUACUUGACGUUUGCGAGCGCACGUAUUGCUGUCAUCGGAUUGAAAGCUGCGCUGGAGAUGGGGCUAGCCUGUCUCAAUCACUUCCCGCUCUUCGCAGUCAUGCUACGACUGAAGGAUCCUGGAAGACUACCUGGAGGAAUCUGUUUCGAGCUACAAGACACGACCGGUCUUACCUCUAGCACGACAAGCGAGAUAGGCUCACCGCCGACGGCCUAUGUGUUGCUGAAGUCGAUCCCGUUGUCACUACGUGCGAUGUUCCAACCCUAUUUCGAUCUCGGCGAUCGCAUACGCAAGCACUACUUUUCGCCCAGCGUCUUGUUGACGAUAGUGCUCACGAUGGAGUCACAAACCGCUGCACAAGCUGCUAGAGACAGCACUAUGAGGUUCAAUCCGGCUUCCUUCUUGACUGUGCGCGUCGGUCCUGAAGGUUCUCAGGAAGACUUCCUACUCCACGAAGGCAUACUGGCCGGACGCUCCGAGUUCUUCCGCCGCGCGAUGAGUGGCAACUGGUCUGAGAAGAAGGAUCGGCUUGUCAAACUACCUGAAGACGACCCCAAGAUAUUCGCUCUCUACGUUAAUCUCAUCUAUAUGGGUACGAUGUACACCGGAACAGAAUAUCAAAAGACGACACCUGUCGAAUUCCAAGCACAUACUCUGGAAAAUGUCAAGUUCUACAUCCUCGCUCAGAAGCUGCAAGAUACGCAAGCCAAGAAUUCCGCUUUGGAGACCGUUCGUACCGAGAUGAGAGUCAUGUCGUUUGCCGCCAACAGAUUACCCAGUACCGAGAUCGUCGAAUUCAUGUACAAGAACACUUCGAAAGACAGCCUUGGAAGACGCCUCAUGGUUGACCUGUGGAAUGAUGUCGGCACGAAAUGGAUUCUUGAUAAAAGCGAAGGUCUUUGCAGGGACUUCCUCGUCGAUCUCGCCUACUCACUUCAUGGUGAGCGAACAGCGCACAUUGGGAAUUUAGCAAACAGAAAGGGUUACACUUCAUAUCAAGAGAAGCUUUGA